AUGGACAGUGCGGAAAAGAUCGUGCUUGGAGCGGCAGCGAUCAUCGUUAUAAUAGUGGUUAUUGUCAUAUCAGUCGUUUACACUGUUUUACAACGCCAAGCUCAAGCUGCUCUAUCAUCAAAUGAUUUAACAGCGUAUAUUUAUAAUCAAUGUACAACAAAUAUGCAAAAUCCGACGUUAUUGUUAACUUUAACUAAUCAAGAUAUGUUUGAUUAUCGACAAUUUAGUUAUUCCAUCAGUUCAAGUGUGAUUUCGACCAAAUUGACACUUGCUUUUGGCUUUCAACAUCAAACCGAUUUCUGGGGCCUAGAUGAUAUUGUCGCUUUCGAUACAUAUACAAAAACAAGUGAUUCAACGAAUUUAGACGGUAGUUUUGAAUCAAAUAAUCUGACGAUGUCCUAUUCACAGUGUCGUUUAACAACAGAUAAAAAUAAUUAUCCAUUUUUAUCACAAAUUAGUUGGGAUUUUCCUCAUUUAGGUAAUUGUUACUAUACAGACGGAACACAGAGUGGACUUACUUACUUAAUUCAAUCAUUUCCCAUUGUGGGUGGCCGAACCUACGAUGUGAGUUUUUGGCUGCAGAACAACGGAAAUGGGCAAAAUUUAGCCGUCAUUCUCGUUGAUGCCUGA